AAUAGCUAAGUCCAUUUUGCAGUUCCUCAAAAAGAAAAAGUCCCAUCAUAGUAGUUCCCAAUCCGGCGAGGGCAAGCUACAGGCGCAGUCCAGUUGCGAGGAGGAGGGCGGAGCGGCAGCGGGAGGAGCCGGAGGAGGAGCCGCAGCGGACCAGGCUACUAGUAGCAGCAGCAGCAGCGGCCCGUCGCCAGCAGCCGCCGCCGCCAAGAGCACGCCCUCCGCCGCCACAAGCACCACGACCGGUUCCGGUUCGGGAGCGGCAGCGGAAGCGACUGGAGCAUCUGGUGGUGCAUCCGGAGGAGCAGGAGCAGGAGCUAGCGGUGAGGAUAACGCUCAAGUGUCGGCCAGUGCCACAUUCCGGCUAUCAUCGCUAACGGGUACCAUCUCCAAGAUGGGCAACAACGCCACCACGUCAAACAAGAAGGUAGAUGCCGCCGAGACGGUGAAGGAGUUCCUCGAGCAGGCCAAGGAGGAGUUCGAGGACAAGUGGCGCCGCAAUCCGACCAAUACCGCCGCCCUCGAUGACUUUGAGCGGAUCAAGACACUGGGCACCGGUUCGUUUGGCCGCGUUAUGAUCGUCCAGCACAAGCCCACGAAAGACUACUAUGCCAUGAAGAUCCUCGACAAGCAGAAGGUGGUCAAGCUGAAGCAGGUGGAGCACACGCUGAACGAGAAGCGCAUCCUGCAGGCCAUCCAGUUCCCCUUCCUUGUCUCGCUGCGCUACCACUUCAAGGAUAACUCCAACCUGUACAUGGUGCUGGAGUAUGUGCCCGGUGGCGAGAUGUUCUCGCAUCUGCGCAAGGUGGGACGCUUCUCGGAGCCGCACUCGCGCUUCUAUGCGGCGCAGAUUGUGCUGGCCUUCGAGUACCUGCACUAUCUGGACCUCAUCUACCGGGAUCUGAAGCCGGAGAAUCUGCUGAUCGAUUCGCAGGGCUACCUCAAGGUGACGGACUUCGGGUUCGCCAAGCGGGUCAAGGGCCGCACCUGGACGCUGUGCGGCACGCCCGAGUACCUGGCCCCCGAGAUCAUUCUCUCCAAGGGCUACAACAAGGCCGUCGACUGGUGGGCGCUGGGUGUGCUCGUUUAUGAGAUGGCCGCCGGCUAUCCGCCGUUCUUUGCGGAUCAGCCCAUCCAGAUCUACGAGAAGAUCGUGUCCGGCAAGGUGCGAUUCCCGUCGCAUUUCGGCUCCGAUCUGAAGGACCUGCUGCGCAAUCUGCUGCAGGUGGACCUGACCAAGCGCUACGGCAAUCUGAAGGCGGGCGUCAAUGAUAUUAAGAACCAGAAGUGGUUCGCCUCCACCGACUGGAUUGCGAUCUUCCAAAAGAAAAUCGAGGCGCCGUUCAUUCCGCGGUGUAAGGGCCCCGGCGACACGAGCAAUUUCGAUGACUACGAGGAGGAGGCGCUGCGGAUCUCCAGCACCGAGAAGUGCGCCAAGGAGUUUGCUGAAUUCUAAGGGAACUCUCCGCCAGCCAGCCUCUCGUCCCCUCUCGUCGUUCUGCAGGCGUCUGCAUCCAGGCAACUGCGCAACUGUAAUUGUAUCUGCUAUUGCGUUUGUGUCCUGCAACUGCAACUGCAACUGCUCCCGCUGGUGCCACCGCUCUGGCGUGGCAUUGCGGAACUCGUCCUCAUCGUCGUCGUCGUUGUCGUCGUCUUGUCUAUAUAUAUGUCUACUACUUACAACUACAACAAGAACAACAACAACAACAACUGUAACAACAGCUCCAACCCAAAACUAAAUCAACACCUACAACAACUCUUAUCACAUCUGCGUCUAACUGGGCAAAUCUACUAAGCCAACUCCUUCUCCAAACAUCUACAAGUACACACAAACACACACCAACUUCUGUCAACAUUGGAUUGCGCCACAAUCACCACACACCACAAAUUUACAUAAAGCAUAUUCCCCCCCUCCAUCUGCAAAAGUGGAAGAGAGCUCGAAAACUCAGCCCCGGAACAACAGUCAUUUCAAGCUGGAAGGACAUGUGGAGAAACUCUUCAGGACAACCGGAGGAUAAUCGUAACAGAAGCAUAAAUACAAGAAAAUAAUCAUUCAUAACCAUAUAGCAUAUAUAUAUAUAACCGCGAGACUACAGAUAUUUAGUUGUAACGUAGCUUAGUCUUAACUGAAGAAAAAAGAGAGAAUACAAGAGAAAAACCGAAGCAAACGGAAGCGAAGAGAGAGUAAGAGGAAAUCCAUCAAAGAGACAGAAAAUUUCAUUACAUUUCGAUCGAUUUCGAUUGAUUGAUCACUCACUAAACCACUGCAGUGUAAACGCUUUAAAAAAUUUUUAAAUUAAAUACAAAAAAAGGUUAAAAUUAACACAAAAAAAAAGAAAUUAUGGUGCACACAGUGCGCUUGACAAAAAAAAACAAACAAAGAAAGAAGCAAACACAAGGUGUAAUAUGUGUGUGAGCUGAUGAAAUGAGUUUGAAAAAAAAGAAAGAUACAAAAAUAAAAGCCAAAACUCGCCCCAAAAUGAGGACACUUGUGUCGGCCGGAAUGUCCUCCGCCUUCCUCCUGCUAAGCGAGCUUGCGUUCCAAGUAGCCAUCCCCAUAAAAAGACGUGUCUCUAGAUAUUUAUAUAAAUAUAUAUACAUAUAUAUAUAUGCGUAUAUAAAUGUUGUACAAUCAGCGACGACGUGCAACAAUAAAUACCGCCCGCCCAACCCAAAAACUAGAAUCAGAAUCAGAGUCAGAAUCAGAACCAAAAUCAGAGUCAGAGGACGUUAUGCUCAUGGACCAUUUUCCACAACACUCAUGAAUAGUUAUCCAUCCAUAAACACACAUUCACACUUCAUUCAUCAAUCCACUCAGAAGAAAACCCAAAAUAUAAAAAGCAUUCUAAA